AAAUAGUGCAGUUUAUCUGGCCGUGUUUGCUUCGUUAUAUCUUUGCUAGUACUGCUUGAAACUAUUACAAUCAGUUCCACCUCUUCUGUUUGUUUGCGCCUUGUUGCCUUUGUUUGCCAGAACCAACAAUACCAUACAAGAUACAACACUCAGAUCAGACCCACUACACUUGCUUUGAAAAGAGUCAAACAUAUCUACUUAUAAGGACAACUGAUCGUGAUCAUUUGAAUACUUCGGCUGGUUAUCUCCUUUUCGAUAUCUAUUUCGAGCCAGACACUAAUCUCACAUUCAUCGAAUCAAAUAUAUAUGACAGACCAACACUGGGUAUAGCCUUCGUUACACAUUCGAAAUGAGACGAUUAAAGAUCGGUAUCAGACCCCAGUUGAUCAUACUUGUGGGGUUUGCGUCCCUUUUCUCGCUCUUGAUCUUGGCUAUCGUCACAGCAGUGUAUUUCUCCUCUAAUUUGAGUGAUUUGAGAGCAGAACGUUUGGAAGUCAUCUCCCAACUUAAAACAACUCAGGUCAGGCAGGCCGUAGAAUAUAUAUACUACCAGGUGUAUUGGUUGACUACUAAGGAUUCCAUAUACGCUCCAUUAUCUUCCUAUAGAGCUGGUAAUAUCACCACAUCCAUAUUCAGCGAAGCUCAAAACACACUUGACCAGUUCUUAAUAUCUUCAGAGCUCUUUGCUGCCGCCAGAUUAUAUAACUUAAAUUUGGAAAUCGUUGCCGAAAGCUAUAAUAAUGCCACAUCGAUUUCACAACCGGCCAUGGAUUUCUUGUAUCCGUUGGCGCAAAACGCCACGAUACCCCAAUCAUUGCUACAACAAUCAAGCAAUAAUGUCGAACCUUACUUCACAGGUCCAAUAGGGAACAGCACAGACCCAAACUCUGCAUUUUACAUGGGUAUCACUUUGCCUAUAUAUUCAAACUCGUCCAUCAUUUUGGACGACCCUUCAUUAUCAGGUUACUUAACCGUCAUUGCAUCAGCCCAGAGCAUCCAAGCAGCUAUUAAUGACACUACUGGGUUUUCGAACAAUUCAUCCGCUGAUUACAUUGUCAUUGCUCUUCACGGUGCGACCACCUUCAAUUCCGACGAAACAGGUCAAGUAAUCGGUUUCCAAACCGUUUUCCCAGUUAAGGACAAUAUUUUAUCACCUAACAAUGUUUACAAUAUUAACGAUUCUUCGCUGGUGAAGGAGGCAUUUUCAAGGACAUAUGGAUCUGCUACCAACGUCAGGUCAAUUACGGGCAAAUAUGUUGCAAUAGGCUUCAACCAGAUUCUAUUAGAUUCCACCACAAGAUGGGCGGUGAUUAUUGAGCAAGCAAGAUCUAAAUUUUUGCAGCCUGUCAACAAUUUAAGAAAAAUAAUCAUUGGUGUUGUUAUUGGAAUUGGUGUGUUCAUGUGUCUUAUUACAUUCCCAUUGGCAGUUUUCUUUAUACGACCAAUUACAAAGCUUAAGGAAGCAACGGAAGCGAUCACGAAGUCAAAGAAACAGUUUAAGCAGCAAAAAGAUAGGGAUAGUUCGGCUGCGAGUCCAAUACCUUCAUCCAACCCUCCUCCUCCGUAUACCACAUUGAAUCACAGGCAUAAGAGAAACAGCGUGAAGUCUACGUCUAACACCAGUACCUCUGGUUCCUUGUAUUCGACGGCAAUUAGACUUCCAGGUAGAAUUCCAAACUCAAAGAAGUUCUUCAAAGAUGAAUUCACUGAGCUUUCUGAGGCUUUCAAUAUCAUGACAGAAGAACUCGACAAGCAGUACACGCAUUUGGAAGAUAGAGUGAAAUUGAGAACCAAGGAAUUAGAAGCGUCCAAAAUCGAAGCAGAAUCUGCGAAUGAAGCGAAGACUGUAUUCAUUGCUAAUAUUUCUCACGAAUUGAGAACUCCAUUAAACGGUAUUUUAGGAAUGACUUCGAUUGCCAUGGAUGAAGAGGACCAAACAAGAAUUCAAGAUUCCUUGAAGUUAAUACACAGAUCAGGAGAACUUUUAUUGCAUAUAUUAACCGAGUUGUUGACCUAUUCCAAAAAUACUUUGAAUAGAUCUAAAUUGGAAAAGUCUAAUUUUCAAAUUUUAGAGGUUGUUUACCAAGUGAAAUCCAUUUUCAGCAAGCUUGCCAUGGACCAAAGAGUAAAUUUCAAGAUCUGGGUUCGCCCCAACAUUUUCAGAAAGUUGAUCCUAUAUGGAGAUUCCAAUAGAAUUAUCCAAGUUGUAAUGAAUCUUGUUUCCAACUCACUUAAAUUCACACCAAUUGAUGGGUCUGUUGAAGUUACAUUCAAACUAUUGGGUGAGUAUGAUAAAGAAAGAUCUCAACAAGAUGGAUACAAACAGGUUCAUGUUUUAAAAGGCACAAAGACUAGUCCAAAUUCUUCAACUUCUAACGAAGCAACAGGGAUGGCAAAGUCUACCUCAUCUUCUACGCUAGCAAUAAUGUCAUCGUACUACAAAACAAAGCCGAUUCCAAAGAUCGGAAAGCCAACACCCGCACUCCCUGAAGAAAGACUGAACGAUAUUGAAUUGAGUCCGGUAAAAUCCAAUUCAUCUGAUUCCACUGAUCUCUCAAAGAAUCUUGACUCCGAUAGAGUUAGUUUACUGACAAUCUCUACAACAGAGUAUGAGAAUAAGAUUUUCGAAUCUCAGUUUAACCACAUGAAAGCUUUACCUAAGCUUCCUGUUACAUUUAGAAUCAGAAAUAUGUACAAACCAAAAACUUGGGUUGUCCAGAUAGAGGUCAGAGACACGGGUCCGGGUAUUGAGCCAGCUUUGCAGGAGAAGGUUUUUGAACCAUUUGUUCAAGGUGACCAAACAUUGUCCAGAAGUUAUGGUGGUACGGGGUUGGGAUUAUCCAUUUGUAGACAAUUGGCUACCAUGAUGAAAGGAACCUUAACUUUGAAGUCGGCAAUUGGCGUUGGAUCAAUAUUCACAUUCACAGUCCCAUUACCUCAAACUGGUGAGAUACUAGUAGACGAAAGCGAAAUGGGCGAAUUUUGUGAAGACGAAUUCAAUCCAAAAGCUAGAGUUAAUAGAAAGGUUGCGUUUAAGAACUCAACAAUGGAUGUUGAUAAUCCGACUCAUCAUGAGUACGAAAAUGACGAACUUAGUGAGAAAGACGACUUCGUGGAAAUGUCUCCAUUGCGUCCACAGCCACCUCCUUCAAGGGUAAGGACAGAUUCGGUCCCCAGAUCUGAUUCCUCUGGGGACAGUCCUCGACAAGAGAAUUCAGACUCUCCUGGAAGUUCUGGUAGCUUUCAAUUACUAGGAAAAGUGGACCCACCUCGGACCACAUAUGAAAAACCACAUCUUAUAACCAGGUCAUCUACAGGAACUGCAAAUUCAGCGAACGCCAGUGACCGCCUGGAUCUACAUCACAACAUACUUGAUGAUUUGUCAGAUCUCAAAAUCUUGGUUGCGGAAGAUAAUCUGGUAAACCAAGAAGUAAUCAAGAGAAUGCUCAAAUUGGAAGGCUUCACCAAUAUCACAUUGGCUUGUAAUGGUGCUGAGGCAGUAGAGUUAACCAAAGAGUCGAUUGAAAAGGAUGAAAUUUUUGAUUUGAUAUUUAUGGAUGUGCAGAUGCCCAAAAUCGAUGGUCUUUUGGCUACGCGAAUGAUAAGGACAAAUUUACGAUUCGAGAACCCCAUCAUUGCAUUAACUGCAUUUGCAGAUGAAAGUAACGUCAAGGAGUGUCUUAAUAGUGGAAUGAGUGGCUUCCUAUCCAAACCUAUCAGAAGAACCAACUUAAGGAAGAUUAUUGUUGAGUUCAGUCCUGUGUUAUUAAGUGAGAUAGUUACAACACCACAAACACAUCAAAGCGACGAAAAGCGUCUUGGAUACCCACCAACCAAUCUUGGCAGCAGCGCUUAGAGAAAAACACCGAAGAAAAGAGAACAAAAUGAGCUCACAAAUGUAACAUUUCAACUAUUGGCGAAGAGCUCCACCAAUAACAUCGCCUCAUUAGCAUUAUAAUUUUCAUUUCUUUCGUUGCCAAUUUACAAUGUAUAAUCAUUUAUAAUUUAGUAAUUCUACUUCAAAUUGAAGAAUGUGUAAUAAACAUAGGAAUAAGAAG